AAACCUCGGGGCUCUUAUUCUGAAAACCGGAAGCUGUCAGUGACCUGGAAGUGAUUGAAGUGAUUUCAGGAAGUUUGUCCGCCAGAAGAUCGACUGAGGGACGAAAAGGCGGAAAACAAGACGGUAUGGACUCUCCAGGCAGAAGUCGAAGUCCCAGUCCUGCACAGAAAGAACAAAGUGGACCUUCAGAAGACGAAUCCAGUCCAGCAGCAGAGAAGCCCCAAAAGGCCGGCUCGGUCGAGGGAAGCCCUAAAGAGAAGCCGUCCCCUCAGGCCAGUCCUGAAGGCCGUGCUCCCUCCAAGAGCCCUGCCUCCGGGAGCCACGCCUCCGGGAGCCCCGCCUCCAGCAGCUCAGACGACGACAGCAGCAGCAGUGAUGAGGAUGAACAUCACGGGGCACUGAGGAAGCUCAGGAGCAGUGUGGCUCAGAUCAAAAGAUCGAAAUCCAAGUCCAGGUCCAGAGAGCGAGAUAGAUCCAUAUCCAGAGAGCGAGACAGAUCCAGGUCCAGAGAGCGAGACAGAGACAGAGACAGAGACAGAGACAGAGACAGAUCCAGAUCCAGAUCCAGAUCCAGAUCCAGAGAGAGAGACAGAUCAAGAUCCAGAGGACGAGACAGGUCCAGGUCAAGAGGACGGGACAGAUCCAGGUCCAGAGAGAGAGACAGAGACCGGGGGCGCUACGACAGAGGACGCUAUACUCGGGAUCGCUAUGACGAUCGCCGUGACGAUAGGGAUGGGCGUUUUGACCGGUGGCCCAAUCGGGAUGCAGAGUCGGAUCACAGGAGGCGAGGACGCUCUGGCUCCCCUCCGACAGACAGGGAGCCAACGGCGGCCGAGGAGCCGCCGGUCAAGAAGAAGAAGGAGGAGAUCGACCCGAUCCUGACGAGGACGGGUGGAGCUUACAUCCCUCCUGCCAAGCUGCGCAUGAUGCAGCAGCAAAUCACUGACAAGACCAGUCUGGCCUAUCAGAGGAUGAGCUGGGAGGCCCUGAAGAAGUCCAUCAACGGUCUGAUCAACAAAGUCAACGUGUCGAACAUCGCCUUCAUCAUCCAGGAGCUGCUGCAGGAGAACAUCGUCAGGGGGAGGGGUCUGCUGUCUCGCUCGAUUCUGCAGGCUCAGGCGGCGUCUCCGAUCUUUACUCACGUUUACUCCGCCGUCCUCGCCAUCAUCAACUCCAAGUUCCCUCAGAUUGGAGAGCUGAUCCUGAAACGCCUCAUCCUGGCCUUCAGGAGGAGCUACCGCCGCAACCUCAAGCAACAGUGCCUGACAGCCUCAAAGUUUGUGGCACAUCUCAUCAACCAGAACGUGGCCCAUGAGGUUUUGUGUCUGGAGAUGCUCACUCUGCUGCUGGAGCGUCCAACUGACGACAGCGUGGAGGUCUCCAUCGCCUUCCUGAAGGAGUGUGGACUCAAACUGACUGAGGUGUCCCCGCGAGGAAUCAACGCCAUAUUUGAGCGUCUCAGGAACGUCCUCCACGAGUCGGCCAUUGAUAAGAGGGUCCAGUACAUGAUAGAGGUGAUGUUUGCCAUCAGGAAGGAUGGUUUCAAAGAUCAUCCAGUGAUCCCAGAGGGUCUGGACCUGGUGGACGAGGAAGACCAGUUCACCCACAUGCUGCCACUGGAUGACGAGUACAACACGGAGGACAUCCUCAAUGUUUUUAAGAUGGACCCAGACUUCCUGGAGAACGAGGAGAAAUACAAAACCAUCAAAAGAGAAAUCCUGGACGAGGGCAGCAGCGACUCAGGGGAGGACGGCGACGGCAGCGACGAAGAUGAAGAGGAUGAAGAGGAGAAAGCGGCGGAGGGAGAAGAUGAGAAGGUCACCAUCUAUGAUCAGACAGAAGUCAACCUGGUUGCUUUCAGAAGAACCAUAUACCUCGCUAUACAGUCCAGUUUGGACUUUGAGGAGUGCGCUCACAAACUGAUCAAGAUGGACUUUCCUGACAGCCAGACGAAGGAGCUGUGUAACAUGAUCCUGGACUGCUGCGCUCAACAGAGAACUUACGAGAAGUUCUUUGGUCUGCUGGCCGGGAGGUUCUGUCUGCUGAAGAAGGAGUACAUGGAGAGUUUUGAGGGGAUUUUUGCAGAGCAGUACGAGACGAUUCACCGACUGGAGACCAACAAACUGAGGAACGUGGCUCGACUGUUCGCUCACCUGCUCUACACAGACUCUGUGCCCUGGAGUGUGUUGGAGUGUGUCAGGAUGAGUGAGGAGACCACGACGUCGUCCAGCAGAAUCUUUGUUAAGAUCCUUUUCCAGGAGCUCUGUGCCUACAUGGGCCUCCCCAGACUCAACCAGAGGCUCAAAGACCCGACUCUGCAGCCGUUCUUCGAAGGCCUUUUUCCUCGUGAUAAUCCCAGGAACACUCGCUUCGCCAUCAACUUCUUCACCUCUAUUGGACUGGGAGGACUAACGGACGAGCUGAGGGAACAUUUGAAGAACGCUCCCAAAAUGAUCAUGACUCAAAACCAGGAAGUGGAAUCCUCUGACUCCUCCUCGUCCUCUUCAUCCUCCUCUUCCUCGUCCUCCUCCUCCUCCUCAGACUCCUCCAGCGAAUCAGAUUCCUCGGACUCCUCCAGCAGCAGCAGCUCAGACUCGGAUAGCAAACAUAAGAAGAAGAAGAAGAGAAAAGAACAAAGCGAGGAGAAAAAGAAGAAGAAGAAGAAAGGGGAGGACAAGAAGAAGAAGAAAAAGAAAGACAAACCGUCGGACAAGAAGCGAGCGGGACGCAAGAACGACGACGAGGAUGAUGACAGUGACGACGAGAAGCAGGCGAGGACCGACAGGAAAGGCCGUGCACGUGAGGUGGAGGGGCGUGAGCGUGCACGCGAAGUAGAGGGGCGUGCACGUGAAGUAGAGGAGCAUGCACGUGAGGCAGAGGAGCGCGAGCGUGCACGUGAGGGUGCCCGUCGGAGCAGACGAGACGAAAGGCCAGAGGAGGAGGAGGAGCAGCAGCAGGAGGAGAGGAGACGAAAAAUGGACUUUCAAGGCCGACAAAGAGACGAAGAUAGGGAGCGAGACAGAGGGAGGGAAAGGGAGAGAGAACGAGGGAGGGAGAGACAGACUGAGGAGAAGAGAGAGACGGAGAGAGAGCGAGAGAAGCCGAGGGAUAGAGAGAGGAAUAAAGAGAACAGAGAGGGGAACAGAGAGGAGAGAAGGAGGAGGUAAGAUCCCUUCAUCUUGAAGCAGCAGUGAUGGACUGAUCAUGACAUCUUUUCCUUCCGUCAUCCUUCGUUUCUUGACCUCAUCCUGUCACUCUGGUGUUUUUGGAUAUGGGACCCGUCUCUCUGUCUUAAUCUGUCCGUCUGUAUUUUCUACUAUUGAUUUUUGUUGUUGAUGAAAUUUGAAAAAAAAAAAAAAACAUUAAAGUUGCUUUAGAUGUUUUA